CUUUUAUUUUGAAGAGCAUUUUCCCAUUCAAUGUCGUCUCUUGUUUUGGAGGGAGUAUCAAAAGGAAGAAUUUUUUUUUCCUUUAACGAAAAUGCUCGAUCGAUAGUAAAUCCUGCAGAGUACAUUUUACGUGGUUAAAACUAAAAGCUUGUGUAUUUUAGCCUAUAAUAUGUUCUAAACUGGCAUAGUAACGUUAUCGACAACAGUAGUGUUGAAAAUGCACAGGACUGUGCCCAGCCUUCCCCUGGCGCCCUCAGUGAAGGUAAAACUCAUCAAUGCGGGUUUCCAAGUGGCCUCAGACUUGACUGAAAUGCGUCCUCUUCAGCUCUGCAAAGAGGCAGGUAUAUCACAAGAGGAGGCAGUGGAGGUGUUGCAGAUGUUGAAGGAUGAUGCUCAUCCCCAUCAGCAGAGAGCGCCAACAGAGAGCCUUACAGCCCUGGAUCUUCUGCACCAGGAGCAGACUCUGGGGAGCAUUGUAACAUUCUGCUCAGGCCUGGAUGAUGUCCUUGGAGGGGGUGUACCUGUGGGAAAGACCACAGAGAUCUGUGGAGCCCCUGGUGUCGGAAAAACUCAGCUAUGCAUGCAGCUGGCUGUGGAUGUGCAGAUUCCUGUGUGUUUUGGAGGCCUGGGAGGAAAGGCACUGUAUGUAGACACCGAAGGCAGUUUCUUGGUGCAGAGGGUUGCUGAUAUGGCGAAGGCAGCCGUGCAGCACUGCACCCUUCUAGCAGAGGAUACAGAACAGAAACAAGCUUUAGAGGAACUUACUGUCGAUAAGAUCUUGUCCAACCUCUUCUUGGUCCGUUGCCAUGACUAUGUAGAGCUGUUAGCUGAGGUUUACCUCCUACCUGACUUCCUGUCUGAGCAUCCUGAGGUGCGGUUAAUAGUGAUUGACAGCAUUGCCUUCCCAUUCCGCCAUGACUUUGAGGAUCUUUCUCAAAGGACCCGCCUCCUGAACGGCCUUGCCCAGCAGCUCAUCCAACUAGCAACACAACACAGUUUAGCGGUUAUUUUGACGAAUCAGAUGACAACAAGAGUUUCAAAUGGCCAAUCCAAGCUGGUUCCUGCAUUAGGUGAGAGUUGGGGUCAUGCUGCGACACAGAGGCUCAUCCUGCAUUGGGAGGGACUGAGGAGGCUUGCCUCCCUGUACAAAUCCCCAAGUCAAAUGGAGGCCACAAUUCAGUAUCAGAUUACAGUCCAGGGUUUCAGGGAUGCCCCAGAUGAACCCAGACAUGCUUCACCUUCAGGAAACACCAGCAAACGCCCUCGAAUGGAGGAUCUGUCUUGAGGAUCUGGCAGGAAUGUACAGAUAUUUAUAUAUUAUAUGAAAAGUCAAAUAAUAACAAUUAGGUCUUGGAUUAUUAAUUUAAUAAAGUAUAGAAUAUUAGUGGAUGACUAAUAUAAAUUUCGGUGCCCGGCGAUUACAAUUCAGGAGUAAAUAAUGAAAAUGCAAAGCUAUUCCAAAGUGACCAAAACUUAAAUUGGAUGACGGAUCUGGUUAAAAGCUAUAUAUUUAUCAAAGCUAUUCUUGCCAUCACCACUUUUCCUGGCUAAUCUCUUGUAUAUAAUUAUGCAAAAUUGUUUUUCUGCAGCUUCAAGUGCUAGCGAUUAAUCAAAGUAAUUGACAAUCACCAGUAAUUAAUCACGUCACUUAAAUUGCAUGGGCCAAAACUUUGUGGCAUAAUAUGCUAAAUUAGUAAGAGUGUAUUGAAUAAUUUGGCUCUAAUGAACCCAGUGAGAAGGUGUUGUGUAUAUUGUGUUGUACAGAUGACUUUCUGUCUUGCUUGUUGCAUGAGUGACAAUAUGAAGAUAAAGAGUUUACCUCUCACAUUCGCCUCCAAGUAACAGUAAUAAUUUAGCCGCAGAUUGUUCCCGUUCAAUAUCGGUAUAUCAUCCAGGUUCAGUUUGUUCCCAGUGUGUAUGUGAGGUUCAUCGCUUUAAUUGAAUUAUACACUGGGAAGCCAGCAUUACAUCAGCACAAAGAUAAAAUAUGAGCACUUCACCUCGUAUUUCCUUGGCUGGCAAUGGAUAGUUUAGACAUCGGGCAGAAGAAUUGAUUUUGUGGACAGAAGAGGACAUUCUGUUCUUGAUGUUUUUAACCUGCAUGUUAAGACACAUGGUUAGAUCAUGAAUGAAGAAUUGUCUGUGACUGCUAGACUAAUAGGAUUACAUCAUUUGUCAGGUCAGGUUUAAGAUGAGUGACUGUUCAGUUGUGUCCUAACAGACACUGGACCUCGGGCUUUCUCAGGUGAGGAAGGUACACUGGGUAUUAUUCCUACACUGCAUCAGACAUGAGUCAUGACAUAAUAUCACAGGUUACUGUCUGACUGUGAAAACAAUUUCAGAUUGCUGCAUACCGGCAAGGAUACACUUUGUCAUAUUUUACAAAUAGGCACUAUAACAUUUUAAAAAUAGUGAGUCAAAUAUAUAAAAGUGUUCUGUCAUUUUUUUUACCUAGCAAUAGCUGUGGUAACUGUAAUAUUUUUCCAGUAACUAUGUUCAAUACAAGUAGUAAACAUGGAAUAUAUUUGAAACUAUGCUAAUAGUAGUAUCUGGCAACCCACAGAUUAAAUAACAAUGAUCAUUCUGAAAUGGGAUGGGAUAUUCCAAUAAUCCGUUAUUUGAACACACUUUCAGGAUUUUCUGUCAUUUUAAUUUCUCAGCAAUAACUGGAGUUGAUUAGAAUAUUUUGAGUGAAAAUAUUUACACUAGUACAUCUUUGAAAGGGUUAAUUUUCCGUUUAAUGUUAUCUGGCAACCCCCGUUCGAACUAACAACGCAUGCUUUAAAACCACAGUAAAUAUCGGGUCCAGUUAACUAUUUGGCUUCUGAUAUGCUUCAAAAUAUCUUCCCUUGUGUUCAGCAGAAGAUAGAAAUUCAUACAGGUUUGAAAAACUUGAUGACAGAACUAUCCCUUCAAGGUUAUUUAUACUAAUAUCUGGCAACCUGCAGCUGAACUAACAAUGCCUGGUAGCAGAACAGUUAAUUCCCAGCGAUGUUGUGAAAUCUACAACAGUUGUUAUUUUUAGCUUAAGCUCUGAUGUCCUAUAUACACGCACAGCGAGCAUCACUUAUCGAGUUUCCCCACUCAUAAACAUUCUCUCGAAGCGCUCUGUCGAAGUAAGCCUCGGCCGUUUCGAAUAAACGAUUAAAGAAUUGUUUCGCACAGCGUGUGAAUCAGUCUCAGCCUAAUCAGAUUUUAAUACCUGCAUCAAAUUUAUGAGGGCUAGCAAACAGCCCUCAUGUUGACGGUUUUAAAUGUACAUUGGGGCCAUUAUAUAGUGAUAUUAUUUCAACUUUGGCAUGAAAUAGGUUAUAAUCCGUCUAAACUGUGUUUGUUUGCGAGAUAACGUUGAAGGAGUGCCAAAUGCCAAAUGAGGACGAUGCAGACUAAACCUAAAUCGAUCAGCAAGAACCAUAGGCUGAUUACGUCACGAGCUUUUGUGUUCGAUCGACGUCAUACGUUCAAGGAGCCACGAAACUGAUGUGGCUAAAAAAGGUUGGCUUAGCGCGCGCAUCACGGACUUGCGUCUACUGGAAAGUUAUUUAUAACAAAACUGAUAUUCUCACACUAUCAGUGUUUUAUAUAUAGUCUGGCUCGUGCAAACACUCCAGAAGUGCGUUGUUUAGGUCUCUUUGUGUGUUUUCCUCGAUGCACAUUUCUUUUUUAGUAGGCCAACAGAACACAGCACGUGUAAAUAAUAAUA